AUGCAGAACACUGUUGCAGAGGUGGGGAUCGAGUUCAACCCAAAUUCCACAAGUGCAGAAAUCCACCGCUGCGAUGUUGCACAAACCUUAGUAGAUGCAGUGAAUAAUCCCAACAGUACGCUCAACAUCACUAUUCAAGCCAACACUGUCCGAGUAGUUGAAACACCUGCACUCAACACUACUGCAGCUACAACCACUCCAAAUGCAACAACCACCACUGCACCAACUACAAGAGCUACUACAACUGAAGCGCCACCCCCAGUUGUGGCUAUUCAAGCAACCUUGGUAGAAGUGUUUGUCCCAGAACUCAGUGACAGGAACAGCCAACAAUUUAGGGCCCUUGAGACAAGAGUUGUAACAGUGUGUGACAUCAUCUACUUUGUUCGAUAUGGUGCAAUUUUCCGCCGCACAUUCAUCAUAGCAUUUAGGUCAACACAAAUGCAGAACACUGUUGCAGAGGUGGGGAUCGAGUUCAACCCAAAUUCCACAAGUGCAGAAAUCCCACCGCCUGCCGAUGUUGCACAAACCUUAGUAGAUGCAGUGAAUAAUCCCAACAGUACGCUCAACAUCACUAUUCAAGCCAACACUGUCCGAGUAGUUGAAACACCUGCACUCAACACUACUGCAGCUACAACCACUCCAAAUGCAACAACCACCACUGCACCAACUACAAGAGCUACUACAACUGAAGCGCCACCCCCAGUUGUGGCUAUUCAAGCAACCUUGGUAGAAGUGUUUGUCCCAGAACUCAGUGACAGGAACAGCCAACAAUUUAGGGCCCUUGAGACAAGAGUUGUAACAGUGUGUGACAUCAUCUACUUUGUUCGAUAUGGUGCAAUUUUCCGCCGCACAUUCAUCAUAGCAUUUAGGUCAACACAAAUGCAGAAACACUGUUGCAGAGGUGGGGAUCGAGUUCAACCCAAACUCCACAAGUGCAGAAAUCCCACCGGCUGCCGAUGUUGCACAAACCUUAGUAGAUGCAGUGAAUAA